AUGCACGAUAGAGGCGAUUACUCCAGGCCACAGUAAGUUUUUUAAUGUGAGGUUGGGAUUGAGGAAGUGAAUUUUGAAAUUUUUGAAAAUUUUGUUUAAAAAUUUUGUUUUUUCAAAAAUUUUAAUUAUUUGUAACGUUAUGUAACUAAAUAUUACAGUGUUCCACCUAGGCUGCCAGUACCUCCACCCCCACCGAUAAAUCGUCCACGACCAAAUGACAAGCCCAAUAUAUUCUUCAAUCCUAACUUUACAUUCUCCAGGAUUUUCAAACGAACGUAAGUUAGUACCAACGACAUUUUCAUACUAAACUGAGCUCAUGUACUAUAUCAUAUUAUCCCUAGUCACCCUAAUUCCAUUUUUAACCAUACGCCUUAAUUUCAGAGUACCAAUGGUGAAGAAACCGAUGCCAAUACAACAAGUUGCGACUGUUUUAAUCCCAAUCUUCUUAACCAUGAUUACCGUCAUCGUAUGUGUUAUAGUAGGCAUAGCCUUCCUGACGGACGGCUACAGUUAUUGUGGAGAAAAGACUCAAAUGACCGUCGAGAACGACGACAAAACGUGCUUGUCCCGGGAUUGCAUCGUACAUUGUGAGUAUCAUGUCCUAUCUUGCACUACACUACCUACCCUACUCUUCCCUAUAUUACCUUAAACUACCCUUCUCUACCUUACCAUACAAUACCUAAAUUCGUUUUAGCCGGACGACUUCUGAGUAGCCUAGACGAAACGAUAGAUCCAUGCAAGGACUUUUAUCAAUAUUCAUGUGGGCACAAAGUUAUAGACCAGAUACUAGACACCAGCUUUGAUAACAUACUUAAAGGUAAAUCAUGAACUACAUAAAUUAUUUCAUAAAGAUAAUUUAGACAAAAUUACUGUUCUGAUUUCAGAAAGACUAGAAGAAAAGCCAAGACCCAGCUUCCCUACACCUCAGCGAUUGUUAUUUGACUACUAUGACUCGUGUAUGAACGAGGAAUAUCAAAAUCAAUUAGUAAGUCACCCCAAUAUCUCCUCCCACAAGAAAUACUACUUUACCCUGCCUUACCACAUUCAAAACUUUUACUACCUUUGCUUUCUGUAAACCAUCGAAAAAACCUAAUAUCUCUUUUAAUAUUGAAUUUACAGGACCUAAUCGAGUUCUCAAGCCUAAUAUCAAAGUUGGGCGGUUGGCACUUGCUACAGAAUGCCAAAUUUGAUAAUGAAAGUGUGGAAUUUGAAAAGUUGGAAAUGGAAUUGCACAAAUAUGGCACUGAAACUUUGAUUUUUGUCAAGGACGAUACUGUAAGUAAUAGCCUUUCUCAAAAAUGAUAUACUCAACCGCUUUUACCCUACCCUUAAUAUAUCCUACUUCACUCUACCCUACCCUACCAUACUGUGGCACCCUGACCUAUCCUACUUUACGAUAUUUUACGAACAGAAAAGCAGAACGACAGAAAAAAUUUCUAAAAAAGUGACCACUAUUACAUUUUAGAUAUCAACCCCAAAAUUCAUGCAAGAAACUUACAAAGAGCAGAAUCUACAUGAAUUUUUCUUGAAUCUCCUAACGGAAAUGGACGUAGACAUAGAUUUGGCUCAAGUCGCCGUGGAAAAGGUCUUAAGGCUAGAAGAGGAACUUAUCAGGGUAAGAGAAUAUAAAAAGUUUUUAACCAUAUCAGAAGGGACGUCGCUACGGUUUUUCUCUGGGGGGAGAAGGUCGAAAAAAUUUUUUUUGGUCCACAGGUACCUGUGGACCGAUUUUUUCAAAAUUUUUUUUUCGUUUUUCCGCGUACAGGUACCUACCUGUGGAAUUUUUUUCGGAUCGGCUCUGGAGGGGGAGGGUACAAACGACGUCCCUGAAUAUCAGUAUUCAAUGUGUUUUACAUUUCAAAGAUAAUAAAGCAAACUUUUAAAAUUUUAAAUAAAACCUCAAAGUUUUAGAAACUGAUUUUCAGGCUAAAAACAAGGGCUUGUUUGUGAAAAUCAAAGGCAGGACGCUAGAAUUAGACUAUCCUCACGUCGAGUGGAAAGUGUUUUUUGGUGAUGACAAGAGUUUAGGUAUGAAACGAUCAGUCAACGCCAAUCCAUCCUACCUUGGAAAGCUUAAUGAGCUCAAUGAGGAUUUGGAGUAAGACCACUUAAACUUUAAAAUACCUUUUUCGCAACCAUUCAAGCCUAAAAACAAUCAAAUUAUACACUAAAAUCAUCCAAAAAUGAACUUUCAGAACAACGAUAAACUACCAGAUGAUGCGAUUCCUACUGUCACUGGCUCCAUCUUUAUCUAGAAAAUACAGAAGACAUCUCAAAGACCUGAACGAUGACAUAAAACCGAGAUGGAAACAGUGUGUUGACGAACUAAAACACAUUUUGCCCGUACCUUUACUACAGUUUUCGAAGAAAAUGACCAAGAGUACUGUUAAGCGGGGUGUAAGUUCCUUAACCAGCACUAUCCUGCCCUACCCUACUCCACCUCACCUUGCCAUGCCCACCUAAUUAAUAAUACCCUACUCUACUCUUCCCAACCCUACCCUAAACAAUCUAUUUUUAGCUAGAACUAACCGAGAUGAAGUCUCGCAUUCUACGCAAAAUUAAAGCUGUCGAUUGGAUUGACUAUCAAAGUAAAGAGACGCUAUUUGAAACUUUAGAUUCAAUUACUGUAACUAAUUUCGAUACUGUAAAUUGGGAGAAAAUUCGAGAGAUUUACAAAAAAGAACGACUCGAUCCAACCUCUUAUUUCGAAAAUGUCAUGAUUUUACGACAAAUUAAUGCACAGUAAGUUAUGUAAAAUGGCGAGCGGGUAACUUUAAAGUAGGGUAACACAAAAAUUUAAAAAAAGGUAGGGUAGAUAUCAAAAAACGUGCUCUGUUUCAAGACUUUUUUAUAAAUUUCAUUUCAGAACAAACUCAAUCUUAGAAAACGAAAAAUGGACCGGUUUGUUGGAGAAAGAUACGUCAAUGUAUAUAACAGACACCUCGGAAUUGAGUACGUUCUACUUUUUAUCCCACCUAGAUCUAAAAAAGAGCCUACCAGGCUCGGUCACUGUCCGCAGCAAAUUUAAAAAGAGCCUGGCUGAAAAGUUGGCCUUGUCCCGACCCCCUUACAGGUCUAAUUACCCCUCUAAACCACAAUUUUUUUUAUCAUUUUGUGCCUACCAUCUAUUUUUGUUUACUUUUAAAAAUUUUUCAUUUUCAGUUCUCAGCCCAUCAACUAUUAUCAAAGUAGAAGGAAUGAAUCAGCUUCAUAAGGACAUAUACAUUAGUUCGCUGAUUUAUAAAGUUUUGUUUGGGCCUGGUAAGUCAAUUCAAGAGAGACAAUUACUAAAAAUUCACAUAGUCUUUCCCCUGCUCUUCAAUUUUUUUUCUUCCCCCCCCUCCAAUUCAAGCUUAUUUUUUAAAAAUGGGAAGGAAAACUUAUGUAAAACUCAUUUUUAUGCCACAAGCUUUCAGAUUUCCUAAAGCGAUUGAAUCGAGAAACCCACUCUGUUAUCAACUCCAAAUUGGAGUGUUUUAAGAACAAAUCAACUGAUCCAGAACAGCUUUUCUAUACUAUUUGCGCUUUUGAGAGCAUUGAAGUGGUAAGUUCAAAAAUUUUUUAAAUUCCAAAAUUUUUUUUAAAUCAAAGUUUUGAAACCACAAAAAAGUUUAAAUUUUAAAAAAAUAAAAAAGCCUCUGCCAGAGCUAGAAAAAAAAGUUGAAUUUAUUUUGCACACAAGCUAUAUCAACGUAUUUAAGGAACCUGACAAUAUGGUAUCAUUGCCUGGACUGGGAGAAUUUAGCAGCCAAAAACUGUUUUACUUGGAUUAUAGUACGGUAAGUUAAGAGAUUUUAUUCUGUUGAAAUACCAGCCUAAUAUCGGUUAUUUUCUGUACCCCUUUCCCACGCCUCCCAUAAAAUUUUUUUUUGAAAAAAAAACCUACUCUCUCAUGUAAAUUGACCCUCUGCCUCUGUUUCGCAGUACAACUUAGUACAUUAGUACAUAUAUUACAAGUUUAAGCCAAUUCCAAACACGGACCUUUUCACAAAAAAAACAAAAAACCAUAGAACAAAAUACAGUACGCCUCCAAACCUAAUCCCUUCCAAUUUCAGAGUGAGUGCGCGGAGCCAAACCAACGGUGAGUUACAGUUUUAAACAAUCACAAAAAGCACAACCCAAAGCAAGCGAAGCGGUAAAUUAAAAGCGGGGCAAAAUAACUUGUUACAAUGCAAACAGUUUAAGCAUAAAUCAUAUCAAAAACCGUCUUCACGCCUUUUACCGCGUCUCUAAAAGUGCGUUCUUUGAAACAAGGUUUAAUUAGUUAUAGAGGUUUAAUUAGAACGUAAUUAUAGGGGCUUAAUUAAAGUUUUUUCUCAAAUUUUUCAAUUUUCAAAAAUAUUUUCAAUUCCAGGUUGAAUCAGAUAAUGCAACACUUGGACGGCUUCGCCGAAGCCAUGAAGUGCCCUGUUGGAACGGCAAUGAACCCCAAACAAAAGUGUAACGUAUUUUAG